GGCUGGGCUGGGCUGGGCUGGCUGCAGCUUUAGUGCUGGAAGCUUUGACUUCGAGAGGGACUGAGAGGGGAGAGACGCAUCCCAGACUCGCUCGUGGACAAGGUGAGGAACGCUGAGAUUGGGGUUUCCUGGCAGUCAGACAGUGGUUCCAGCCCCCUCGAACCUGCAGCCAGGCAGACUCAGCUCUUGCCAGGCCAACUUGAGACAUGUCUGACACAAGUGAGAGUGGUUCAGGUCCAACCCACUUUCAGACUGAAGCUUCAGAAAAAGACAGUGACUUGAAGAUGCAAACCCUAUUAACAGUGACCCAGAACUUGGAGGUCUCAGAGACACCGAAGGCUUCAAAGGCACCAGAGGUCUCAGAGGCUGUGAAGGUCUCAAAUGCUGCAGGGGUCUCAAAGGCCGCAGAGGUCUCAAAGUCCCCAGAGGCUCAGGAGGCAGCUGCCACUCAGGUCUCAUCUACUACUAAGCUGACAGAUACCCAGGUUCUGGCAGCUGAAAAGAAGAGUCCAGCAGCUGACACCAAGAUGCAGAAUGCUGACCCUCAGGCUGUGACAAUGCCUGCCACCAAGACCAAAAAGGUCAGCUGUGUGGCUGAUACAAAGGUCAAUACAAAGGCCCUGGAGACUGAGGCUGCUGCCUCUCAGGCUCCAGAAGAUGAACCGGAGCCUGAGGGUGCAACUGCGCAGGCUCAGGAGAAUCAGGAUACUCGGCCCAAGGUCAAGGCCAAGAAAGCCCGAAAGGUGAAGCAUCUGAAUGGGGAAGAGGAUGGCAGCAGUGAUCAGAGUCAGGCUUCUGGAACCACAGGUGGCCGAAGGGUCUCAAAGGCCUUAAUGGCCUCAAUGGCCCGCAGGGCUUCAAGGGGCCCCAUAGCCUUUUGGGCCCGCAGGGCAUCACGGACUCGGUUGGCUGCUUGGGCCCGUAGAGCUUUGCUCUCCCUGAGGUCACCUAAGGCCCGUAGGGGCAAGGCUCGCCGCAGAGCUGCCAAGCUCCAGUCAUCCCAAGAGCCCGAAGCAUCACCACCUCGAGAUGUGGCCCUUUUGCAAGGGAGGGCAAAUGAUUUGGUGAAGUACUUGUUGGUUAAAGACCAGACGAAGAUUCCUAUCAAGCGCUCAGACAUGCUGAAGGACAUCAUCAAAGAAUACACUGAUGUGUACCCUGAAAUCAUUGAACGAGCAGGCUAUUCCUUGGAGAAGGUAUUUGGGAUCCAACUGAAGGAAAUUGAUAAGAAUGAUCACUUGUACAUUCUUCUCAGCACCUUGGAACCCACUGAUGCAGGCAUACUGGGAACGACCAAGGAUUCUCCAAAGUUGGGUCUCCUCAUGGUGCUUCUUAGCAUCAUCUUCAUGAAUGGAAAUCGGUCCAGUGAGGCUGUCAUCUGGGAGGUGCUGCGCAAGUUGGGUUUGCGCCCUGGGAUACAUCACUCACUUUUUGGGGACGUGAAGAAGCUCAUUACUGAUGAGUUUGUGAAGCAGAAGUACCUGGACUAUGCCAGAGUCCCUAAUAGCAAUCCCCCGGAGUAUGAGUUCUUCUGGGGUCUGCGCUCCUACUAUGAGACCAGCAAGAUGAAAGUCCUCAAGUUUGCCUGCAAGGUACAAAAGAAGGAUCCCAAGGAAUGGGCAGCUCAGUACCGAGAGGCGAUGGAAGCAGAUAUGAAGGCUGCAGCUGAGGCUGCAGCUGAAGCCAAGGCGAGGGCUGAGAUUAGAGCUCGAAUGGGCAUUGGGCUUGGCUCUGAGAAUGCUGCUGGGCCCUGUAACUGGGACGAAGCUGAUAUUGGACCCUGGGCCAAAGCCCGGAUCCAGGCAGGAGCUGAAGCCAAAGCCAAAGCCCAAGAGAGUGGUGGUGCCAGCACUGGUGCCAGUGCCGGCUUCGGUGCCAGUGCCAGUCUGACCGCUUCUCUCUCGUUUGGGCUCUUCGCUGGCCUCAGUGGAGCUGGUGCCAGCAACAGUGGCAACUCUGGUGCCUGUGGUUUCUCCUACAAGUGAGAUUUCAGAUACUGCUAAUCUCAGCAGUCUUUCUCUUCAAGCCAGGGUGCAUCCUCAGAAACCUACUCAACACAUCACUCUAGGCAGCCACUAUCAAUCAAUUGAAGUUGACACCCUACAUUAAAUCUAUUUGCCAUUUCUGAGUUUA